CUCUCAAAGAUUCUAUAUGUGCUGUGUAUCAAACACCAGUUCUUGAAAAUGAUGGAGCGGUAUUCAAUGUUGUAUGCGACAGCGGAAAAUGCUCACCUCGAAACGACCAAGCAUUAUGUGAAAUGCUCCGGUUGCUGGUAUCAAAGAAUAACCUCAAGUUUACCGUGUUCAUAGAGACCCCCUCAAAGGCAUUCUCGGAUUGGACAUUCCCAAAAGUAUGUCAACUUUAUGGUAUUAGCAAUGACCCGAAUCCCGACAUUGACGUGUUCCCUCCCUUUUCAUGUGGUUCUGCAGACCUAAACAGUGAUAAGUCCAAAGCCGUGAUUAAACACCUAAUGGCGGAAAUAAAACUUCGUCAGGAUGUUACUCCUCUCAACAAGGCAAAUGAAGCAACAAAAAGUAUUUAUUCUUACUGCUAUCUCGCUUCCGGGGUCUCGCUCUACAAAGAUAAUUUCAAGCUCAUACCGGAAAAACUUAUCGAGGGUCGAAAUGGACAAGGGAACCUCGAUUAUGCAGUAGAGUGUCGUUCGACGGGUAGAGUCCUUGGUGUAAUUGAAGUUAAGAAGGAAGAUUUUAUGAAGGGAUUUGCCCAGGCGUCUGGGAAGCCAUCGUUUAAGCUAUCGGAACCAGUGACCGUUGUGUACAAAGAUGAGAAUUUGCAAGCUAAAGUAGGAAAGGUCCUCGGGCAAAUUGUAUGGAUAUUGGAGGAAGCACAGAGGCCGGUGAAGGUUUUGGAGGAAUCGAGUGAAAUCAAAAGGGUAAGGUCAACGGGCGAUCUUACCGGGAAGUCAGAUAAAUAG